UCAAAUUUUGUAUGUAACGAUUCUAUUGAUGAUGAAUAUACUGGAUAUGAAGCAAUGUUAGAAGGCAACAUUUCAACAUUUAUUGAUAUGAUUUUGAAUUAUUAUAAGGCAAAAUCUCUUAGAGAGUUUAGGGAAUACAAUGAAGUAGCGUUCCAGACCGCAGUCGAAUUACUACUUCCCACAAAGCAUUGGUGUUCUGAAUUACGUCUCAUAGUAGAUAGUUCAAAAAUAUCAGGCGAAGGUCUUCUGAGUGGAGAAGAAGGAAGAUGGAUUGAUAAUCCAGAUUAUAGAUCGUUAAUGGCAUUAGAUGCCAAACUUGAAGAAGAAACCGAAAAUGAAUUAUUAAAUAGAAAUUAUUUUUAUUGGCGUAAAGAGACAAAGAAAUGUAAACGAGUAAACGUAAAAAAGAUAAUCAGUGAUGGAGUGAAACAGCUUAAUAGAUAUAUGUUAACAAUGCAAAAUGGUAAGGUUAAUAAUCAAAAGGUAUCAGGAGUUUGUGAUGAUAAAAUUAAAAUAGAGAAAGGCGAGGGAUUUUUGGGAG